AAAUACCUAAUUAUGAUUCAGAAUCUGAUUCAUCUGAUGAAAAAGAAGAAAAAAGUGACAUAUCCUCUGAUGCACAGGAAAAUCAAUCUGAUAAUCCAAAAUUAAUUGUAAAAGACACACAAACAAUUAUUUACAACUCACUUUUUGAAUAUUGGGAUCACUCAUCACAAAUUUGCCUUCUUUCCACAUUAUUAGACCCUUAG